UUGUCAGACCAUCGUCAGAAGUCGUCCGCAAUGGAGCCAGACUGAUUCCCCUGGUGCAGCGACUGCACCUGGAGUCCGCCCUGAUGCAUCGCAGAUUCAAUGUCAACGGCGUUGGGAAAGGCGCCCGGCGUUUGUCUGCUGAGAAAGGGUCCACUGCGUGUGCGUCACGCCGCCUCGCCGUGAAGCCCGACUUUGGGAUGAGGCACUUCGGCGCUCGCGGCCCUCUCCUCAAGUCGCUGCCGACGCCGCAGGAUCCGCCGCCGUCCGUGACCCCGCCUCGCGAGAAUCCGUCCGUCUCCGCACCGUGCGAUCAGGAGGCAGCCGGGCAGGACGCUGCCGCCCAUCUGCAGCCGAGUCUAGGAAGCAGGGAUUCAUCUGAGGAGUCCGAGGCGGCCGAGGACGAGGCCGCGGGUCCCGCCAACCGGGUGGGCUGGUGCAUCACGCCGGGCUGCGACCUGGAGUUCGCCUCGUGGGCGGACCACGUUGAGCACCAGCGGGAGGUGCACUGCCUCGCCUUCCGCAGCUACCUGUGCUCGCUCUGCCUGGACUGCGUCAGCAUGUACCCGCACAUGCGUCGCCACGAGCUGGUCGCCGAAGACUUCCAGUGUGCGUCCUGCUCGGCGCAGUUCGUCGACUUCAAGAGCCUCCACCGCCACGGGCUUCUCUUCCACCGGCUGGAGCCGCAAGACGACUAGGAUGCUCGUUAUUCUGUUUGUUACAAGCGUAACUGUCUAGUUACAAAAGUAACUGUCUGCUAAGUAUACGCUUACAAAUGCGUGCUCGCAAGUACACACUUACAAACGCUUACUUUGCCAAAUACACAAGUACCAAUUGCCUACUUGACAAGUUCACACUUACGCAUUUGUAAGUGUGAACUUGCCUAGCAUGCAAUUUGUAAGUGUGAACUUAGCCAAAUACGCGUUUGAAAGUGUGUACUUGCAAGCAUGCAUCUGUAAAGGAGUCCCUAGCAGACAGUUAAGUUUACAGUGAAUUUCUUUCCUUUUCGUCAUUUUCUUCUUGGUUCAGUGUGUAGACUUAAAAAGCCUACACCGCCACGGACUGCUCUUCCACCGUGGAGCCGCAACUGCUGCCUUGACCAAUAGAAUGGUCAAUAUUUAAUGUAUUAUUUCUUUUCUUUUUGUAGUUUCAUUCUUCAUUUUAUGUUGCGUACUUGGGUAUGUUAUGCAUCAUGUUUGUGAUUUAAGAAGGAAAUGUUGGUCGCGGUGUGUUAAUUUGGGUGGGGACAAAUACAAGUUUUUUUUUUGUUUUGUGGUGCAAUGGCAUUUCAGCCGCAAUCAUUGGCACCUAACACUUGUUUAAAUUCUAUGUUAACUGCAUUGUGUACUAGGUUGACACCUGAAGUCGUUCUUUUUGUUUGUUGUGUGGGUCAAUGGCAUCCAAUCUUAAAUAAUUGAUACAUGUUUAAUUUUCAUGCAAACAAUGUUGUGUACUUGGUUUUGAAGUCAUAAAUAUUAUUUUGCACACUGAA